AUGCAGACGUGCUGCUCGUGCCCCCUCCUGAAGUUCGAGGGCGAGGUCCCUGUGCUCUGCGAGGAGGGCCUGGCGCUGAUAGAGAGGCUGCCGGGGCCCGUCUGCCCCAUCUCGUUCGUGGGCGACGGCCGCAGCGGCAAGUCGUACCUGGCCUCGAAGGUGGCCGGAGAGGGCACCUUCAAGGAGGACGACUCCGACGUGGCGGUGACCGAGGGGAUCGACGUCGCCGUCGUCGCCAGCCACCCGGGUCACCUCGUGGUGCUGGAUUGCGAGGGCGGCAACAACGCGCUGUCGAAGAGCCACUCGAUCGUGACCGUGGUCGGAGCUCUCAUCGCCACGGCCCUCGUCUUCGUCACGGACGGCAAGGCGUCGGAGGCCGCCGUGGAGGCGCUUGCCCACAUGCUGACGGAGCGCUCCCUCAUCAAAUGCGACGGCACGGGGUCCUUGCACGCACAGCACCUCUUCUUCGUGGUCAACCAGAACAGGCUGCGCUACGGCGAGGACGGCCUCGAGAAGAUACUGACGGCCGACAAGGGAGACGAGGCCGCGGAUCUGAGGUCCCUCAUCGGCAACACGUACCCCGAGAACCGGCGCCACUUCCACACGAUCCCCGCGGACGUGAAGAGCGACUUCACGGAGAAGUGGGAGGCGCUGAAUGAUGCGAUUCGAGAAUCCCUCACACCGCUCAAGAUGGGCAAGCUGUGGAUGACGGGAGCUCAGACGGUGCAGAUGCUCCGGCAGAUGGAGAAGCUGCUGAGGAAGCACGGCAAGGUCAGCCUUCCAUCGCUGCACCGGGGCGUCAUCCUGGACGGCUGGCUGAAGCCCACCAUGGGGCAGGUCCUCUCCUCCCGUAUGGACAAGCUCCUCGAGGAGUUCACCGAGGAGGAGCUCGCCACACAGAGGGUGGGCAGCGUGAGGGCCGACUGCAAGGAGUGUGACGCCAAGGCUGCGGUAGGGUGGCUCGACCCCGACGUGGAGGAUUUCUUCUGUGAGGCCUGCUGGAAGACGUUCUCGCCGAAGGUCCUCAAGUGCGGCUUCUGCAACGGUUUCCAGCCGUGGCCCCGGGGCCGAGUGGAGACGGUAACCAAGAUGUGGCAUUGCCUGGACUGUUUGAUGCAGCUGGGCAUCGACUGCUCCGACAACUCCUGA